AUGGAGGCAGCUGCAGCGGGCGGAGCGGAGCCGGAGAGUCCGCUGGAGAGGAGCAGCCACUCGGCCUUCAGCCACCAGCAGCGGCUGUACGUGUGGGGGGGCUACCGGGUCGUCUGUGGCGAGGAGGUCACGCUGCCCGGCGGCGAGAUCUGGAUCUGUGACCUGGACAGCGGGACGUGGGAGCGGAGGGACAUCAGCGGCGUCGUCCCUCAGGACCUGUCGGACUUCUGCGGCUCGAACGUCGGCAGCACGUUCUACAUCUUCGGAGGCUGCGACGCCGUCGGACACACCAACCAGAUGUUCAGCGUUGACCUGUCGGAGGCGAGCUGCUCGUGGAGGAAAGUGACCGACGCCAGGGGAACGACGCCGUCGCCACGGAACAAACAUUCCUGCUGGGUUCACAGGAACCGAUUAAUUUACUUCGGUGGAUAUGGAUGUAAAACUCUUGGAGAGACUCAAAACAUGUCAUCGUCCAGCUUCAUCGUGGAAGAGAUGUCCUGGACGACGAUUGGAGACACGAUGUUCAGAUGCUGGGGCUGGAACAAUGAGGUCAACGUUUUUGACACGCGCUCGGAGACAUGGACGGUGCCAGAGACUCAGGGUCCGGCUCCGGCUCCCAGAGGUUGCCAUGCCAGCGCCCUGCUGGGGAACAAAGGUUACAUCUCUGGAGGCGUGGAGACGGGGGAGUUGGACAUGUUCUGCUUGGACCUGGACACGUGGACCUGGACUAAAUUGGACGUCUCUCGGUCCGUUUGUCCACCGGGCCGCUCGCUGCACAGCAUGACGGCGACAUCGGACCACGACCUCUUCGUGUACGGAGGCCUCGGCACAGACGGAAACACCCUCAAUGACGCUUGGCAGUUCAACACGUUAAGAAGAGAGUGGACCAAGAGGACUCAUCCACAUAAAGAUAAACCAAGGGUCUGUCACACAGCGAGUCCAGGAAGCGACAGCGACGUGGUGGUGUUCGGAGGAAGCAGUAAACUCUGCAUCUUCAUGGACUCGGUGGCUGUUCUACGGGCGCCGUCAGAGAAUCACUGCAGAGACGUGAUCAUCUUCCAGACGCAGCCGUACUCCCUCUUCAGAUUGUGUCAGGACUUCAUCGGGAGAAACCCGGCGCUGUUUGCGAAGCAGCUGAACUUCCUGCCGACGAAACUCCGGAGCAAAGUGGACAAGAGAGUUUCCUUCUUCUCGAAUGUGACGGUUCUCACCGGAUGA